AUGCCACCCAUCGAUGCUGCUUUCUUCAGGGCAAUCUAUCUACCAUACAAGGAUCGGCUCUAUGUGGCACCAUUGUUGUUUGGCAGCGCCGUGUUGUCCCUACAGACCAGUCACUACUUAACAUGGCUUACUGGUAUGAAUGUACUGUGGGCUCUCUUCAGUUGCAUCUGGAUGCACCAUGCCGUGUCUGUUUUAUACAUUGACCAGCUAAGCAUCCCCAGGACUGCGUCUUUCUGGGUCUCUGCCUACAAGAUCUGGAAUGACCCGCAGCGUCACCUCAGCCGGAUAGCCUUCCAGCGCAGAGAGAAAACUGGCUUCCCCACCAGCAGGAUGUGGUUCGCUCUUCGGCGCCUAUCCUGGACUGUGCUCUGCUGGCUGCUCCAGCUGUCCAUUGUCGGACCGUUGCUGUCCAUGCAUUUCACCUUCAGUGCUGAAGAUUUUGCGCCCUCGCGCCAAAUCCUUAUCCGGCGGCUGCUAUCUCUCCAGCCCGAGCCGCCGUUCACAGCCCGCGAGAUGCAGAUCCGAUCCUAUGUAUCGGUGUACUGGAUCUGGAUCGCAUAUCUGAUGCUCGAGCUGUGCAACACAGUGCUCGCGCUCGUCCUACGAGCAUACACCAUUCGCCGCUUCUGGACGAAAUUCUGGCACCGACUGACUGUCGCGCCGUGUGUUUCUUCCGGCAGGAUGAUCGCACGACGUGUAGCCAGCCUUCAGCCAGGCUCACAGCAUGAGAAGUUCUUCCUCGCCUUCUGGGCGUUCUUUGUGUCUGGUGCUUUUCAUGUAGUCGCGGAUUGGGCAUCAGGGGAGCCGUGCUACCCGAUUGACGAUAUGCUCUUCUUCAUUGCCAAUUUUCUCGCCGGCGCUAUCGAGUCGUCGAUCGGGAAAGGGCUAGAAAACGCUAUGAAGAGAAGUGAGAACGGCAAGGUUCGUGGGCUUCUCAGGUCGGGUAUUGUGAGGAAAAUCAUAGGAUAUACCUGGGUUCUGGGUUUCAUGUUCUGGAUUACACCAAAAUGGCAGUACCGGAAGCUUAAUGCUACCUUGUUGGAAUUUGCAGAUCCACGGGCUGGCGACGAGAAGUAA